ACAGGGAUAGGAGCGAUAACACGGAUUCGGAUUUUACGCACGCGCACAUAUAUAUAUAUAUAUAUAUAUAUAUAUCUAUAACCUCACACACACACACACACACAGAGAUACAGAGAGAGCGUGUCAGAGACACACACAGUCAAAAAAGAAACAAAUACACACAGAGAGUGAGACAGAAAGAGACAAACUGGAGCGAAAACAGAAAAGAAGAGUGUUGCACAUGGCCGGGAUUAUUUACACACUCGCUUCACUUUUAUUUGGGAUUUCCGCCGGUAUCAGCAGCCUGCAACGGACUUAUCCUCUAAACGAAGUUACAUUGCUGGAUUCAAGAUCCGUGCAGGGAGAACUGGCAUGGGUGGCGAGUCCGACGGAAGGAGGGUGGGAGGAGGUGAGCAUCAUGGAUGAGAAGAAUGUCCCAAUCCGGACGUACCAGGUUUGUAACGUGUUGGAGUCGAGUCAGAACAACUGGUUACGCACGCACUGGAUCGAGCGUGGCCCAGCGCAGCGCGUCUAUAUAGAGAUCAAGUUCACUUUACGCGACUGCAACAGCUUACCCGGCGUCACGGGCGCUUGCAAGGAGACCUUCAACCUCUACUACCUAGAGUCGGACUCGGGUGGAGAACACGGUGUACCCGAGCGCCGCUUCGCGAAGAUCGACACGGUGGCUGCCGAUGAGAGUUUCACACAGGUGGACGUGGGGGACCGUGUCAUGAAGCUCAACACUGAAGUGCGCACCGUGGGCGCGCUCAGCCGCAGGGGCUUCUACCUGGCCUUCCAGGAUGUUGGUGCAUGCGUGGCUCUUGUCUCCGUACGAGUGUUCUAUAAGAGAUGUCCGCUGGUCGUCAGGAACCUGGCGAGUUUCCCUGAUACGGUAGCAGGUGCAGAUGCUUCGGCGCUGGUGGAGGUGCGUGGUGCCUGUGUAGAACACUCAGAGGAGCGCCAAGAGCCCAAAAUGUACUGUGGCGCCGACGGGGAAUGGCUUGUGCCUAUCGGGACAUGUCUCUGUCAGCCUGGUUAUGAGGAGCGCAGUGGAAAGUGCCAAGUGUGUAAAGUGGGAUAUUACCGGUCUUUGGCUACAGAUGGAUCCUGCACUAAGUGUCCUCCACACAGUUACUCAAUGAGGGAGGGAGCCACUGCAUGUGAGUGUGACAAAGGCUACUACAGGGCAGAGACUGACUCGCCGGCCAUGGCCUGCACACGUCCCCCGUCAGCUCCUCAGCAUCUGAUCUCCAGUGUGAACGAGACAUCGGUGUUGCUGGAAUGGAGUCCUCCGCUGUCCACCGGCGGCCGUCGUGACCUCACUUACAGCGUGGUGUGUGAGCGGUGCACGUGGACGUCGGCACGGUGUGUGCCAUGCGGUGACGGUGUGCGCUACUCACCCCAGAGACUCAGCCUGAACGGCACUCGGGUGUCUGUGCACCAGCUGCAGGCUCACACCAACUACACCUUCCACAUCUGGGCCGUGAACGGAGUGUCCAAACACAACCCGAAACCCGAGCAAGCCGCCUCCAUCUCUCUAACCACCAACCAGGCUGCUCCAUCAACAGUGAUGUCUGUGCAGAAUAAGGAUGUCACCCGUGACACUCUUGUACUCUUCUGGCAGGAGCCUGAUAAACCCAAUGGAGUCAUACUGGAGUAUGAGGUCAAAUACUACGAAAAGGAGCAGAAUGAGAGGAGUUAUCGUAUUGUGAAGACCACAUCUCGGAGUGUUAACAUUAAGGACCUGACACCGUUGACCUCCUAUGUGUUUCAUGUGCGCGCCCGAACCGCAGCCGGUUACGGAGAUUUUAGCGCUCCACUGGAAGUCAUGACCAACUCAGUUCCGUCUCCUGUGGUGGGAGAAGGCAUGAACCCCACCAUCCUUCUGCUGUGUGCUUGUGGCAGCGUCGUUCUGCUCCUCAUCCUCGCCUGUGCCUUCCUCAUCAGAAAGAGGAGGGCCAAAUACAGCAAAGCCAAGCAAGAUGAAGAGAAGCACCAAGCAGGAGUGAGGGUGUACGUGGAUCCGUUUACUUACGAGGACCCGAACCAAGCCAUCAGAGAGUUUGCUAAGGAGAUUGACGCCUCCUGCAUAAAGAUUGAGAAAGUCAUCGGCGUCGGCGAGUACGGUGAGGUUUGCUGCGGUCGUCUGAAGUUCCCUACCAAGCGCGAGGUGUGUGUGGCAAUUAAAACGCUAAAAGCCGGGUUUACCGAGCAGCAGAGACGUGACUUCCUGAGCGAGGCGAGCAUCAUGGGCCAGUUUGAUCAUCCCAACAUCAUCCAUCUGGAGGGCGUGGUCACCAUGUGCAAGCCGAUUAUGAUCAUCACCGAAUACAUGGAGAACGGCUCUCUGGACGUGUUUCUCAGAAAAAACGAUGGUCGUUUCACAGUCAUUCAGCUGGUUGGUAUCCUGCGUGGUAUCGCCUCAGGGAUGAAGUAUCUAUCAGAUAUGAGUUACGUCCACAGAGACCUGGCAGCACGAAACAUCCUGGUCAACAGUAACCUAGUGUGUAAAGUGUCUGAUUUUGGCAUGUCCAGAGUGCUGGAGGACAAACCUGAGGGAGCUUAUACAACACGGGGAGGAAAGAUUCCGAUUCGCUGGACAGCCCCAGAAGCCAUCGCAUACAGGAAGUUCACUUCAGCCAGUGAUGUGUGGAGCUACGGCAUCGUCAUGUGGGAGGUGAUGUCAUACGGAGAGCGGCCGUACUGGGACAUGAGUAACCAGGAUGUCAUAAAGGCAAUAGAGGAAGGAUACAGAUUACCAGCACCGAUGGAGUGUCCUGUAGCCCUGCACCAGCUCAUGUUAGAGUGCUGGCAGAGAGAGCGCAGCGAGCGGCCCAAGUUCAGCCAGAUCGUCAACAUGCUGGACAAACUGAUCCGCAACCCGAACACACUCAAGAGGAUGGGAGGAGAGACAAGCAGAUCACACAAACAAAAGUCCCACCCAUCGGCACUAAACCACACCCCUUCCAUCGAGCCAUCCCCUUCGUUCAGUUCAGCAGAGGAGUGGCUGAAAGUUAUCGGUCUGGAGAAGUACAGAGAAAACUUCGCUAAGGCCGGACACAGCAGCCUGGAAAGCAUUAUGCACAUGAAUCAAGAGGAUUUGGCCAAAAUUGGAAUCUCGUCAAGUGCACAUCAGAAGAAAAUCCUGAACAGUCUCCAGGAGCUCCUGUCUGGAAUACAACAAAUAGACGAGAUAAAGCUUCCUGUCUGAUCUGUGAUCUGUCAGUGCGACUUAAACCAACAUGAGUGACAAUAUGGAAAACAUGAUGGAUAUAAUAUUUUAACUACUCACGCACUUUAAUUGGAUACGGACCGUAGCAGACAGUGGAAUAGCUGCACUAUCGAUGGACUAGCCUGCAUCUCAUGGUCUUCCUGACUGAGAAUUUCUGAGGGAGAACAUGAAAAAACUGUCGACCCUCUGCAAAAUAAUACUGAUAUAGAUUCAGGAUUUCGUAUCGGAGUCCACUUUUGAACAGACUGUGAAAGUGACACUUGUGAGAAUAUUUUUGCUGUUUUGUUUUUUUUGUUUUAUUAUUUUCCUUGUGACUGAAGGGAAGCAACAUCAUCCCCUUCAGGUCAUCUUCUGAACAGCGCUCUUUUGUCGAUGGAGACAAGUUACUUUUUCAUGCAUUUCUUGGUCCUGUUAAAUACAGAUUUUUUUGUUUUUAUUUUUUAUUUUUUGCUUCAGGAACUAUUCGAUUCAAGUUACCUGGUGACUUUUGAUCCCUGGGGGGAAAAAGAAAAGAAAAACAUUGCUAUCCAUAGAGAAUGACAUCAACAAUUCAGACACUGAGAACUAGAAGCAGAUAUGCAGUGUACACAGAACAUGUGAACCCAGGUAUGAUAUGGCUUGAGGCUACUUGAAAAAGUCAGAAUCUGCAAAACUCCAGCCUAUACUUUCUCAUUUUAAUAUCACCUUCAUUAUCACCGUCAUCAAUAUAAACAACAUUAAAAUGUGAAACUUCUAACAUAUACUUUGCUUCUCUAUACCUGCAAAUAAAGCAUUUUUGAAUGUCCUCAAAUCAUUUGCUUUAAAUACUUUUCCCUGAUUUUAACCUAGUCCUAUACUGUAUAUCUUUUCUUAAUCUAUGACCAAGUCCAUGUUUUGGUGGACAUUUUACAGAUUAAUGUAGCUUCCCUAAAUGAUCUAAACAAUCAGUUUUCUAUUGUACAUAAAGCAAUACUGUAAUAAAUAUCAAUUGUGAAGUGCCAGUGUAAAAUCUGUCAAUAUAUAUGCCAAGCUGAGAGGUGAACUGAAUGUAUUAUAAACACGGUGCGUUUUCUAAUAAAAUGGACAACACCUAA